AUGCACGCCUUUGUUCGGAAUGCGGCGUCCACAGAGAUGGCUCUGUCGAGAGCGUCUUCACAGCUAGCCCACGGCAGGUCACCCGCCUACAGGAGGUUAGCAUCCACUCUCCCACGCCAGUCUGUCCGAUCCGACGCCUCGAGUAUACGCUAUGGCCCUGCCUUCACCGCUCCUCUAUCGCCGCUUCGAUCGCCCUUCCUACCGGCAGAGUUGCGAUUGACGUCGGCACGCGCUUUCCACGCAAGCAACUCGAGAUGCCAGGAGAAGCCCCCUGCUGCCGAGCCCAAGUCUACCCACACCGAGAAAAAGUCGGCGCCAGAGUCCGAGCCCAAGCCAGAGGAAGAGGCCAAAAAGGCCGCUGGGGAGGGCGAGGAGUCUAAGAAGGAUGGUGAAGAGGGCGAGAAGAAGGAGGGCGAAGACGGUGAAGGCAAGGAUAGCAAGAAGGAAGAUGCGCCGCCACCCCCUCCUCACGGUGACAAGACCCCCUGGCAAGUGUUCAUGGAGACAAUGAACACGGAGUUCCAAGCCUCCAAAGAGUGGAACGAGUCGACGAAGCAGCUUGGUGAUGCGGCGCACCAAUUCUCCGAGUCCGAGUCUGUCCGUCGCGCAAGGGAGGCGUACGAGAAGUCGACUGGUGCCAUGUCAAACAGCGCCGCAGCAGCGCUCAAGGGCACUGCCGGUGUGAUUGGAAAGGGUGCCGCUUGGACAUGGGACACCAACGUCGUCAAGGGUGUGCGCAAGGCGGCCAACGUGACUGGCGACGCCGUCGACAAGGCAACCAAGCCCAUCCGCGAGACUGAAGCGUAUCGUAACGUCAAGAACGUUAUUGACGACGGAAGCUCAUCGCGCUAUGGUGGCUGGGUUGAGAAGGAGGAGCGCCGCAAGAGGCGCGAGGCUCUCCAGAAGCAGCGCGGCGCGUAUGGCAAGGUCAUGGUCGAGGAUCCUGAUGCUGGUACCAACGUGACGCUCCACAAGGACGCGGCCUGGAAGGAAGCGUGGCGCGAUUUCCGUGACCAAAGCAAGUUUGCUCAGAGCUUUUCCAGCAUGCGCUCCAAGUACGAAGAAUCGGAGAAUCCUCUCAUCUCUACCGCGCGCAGCAUCACCGAUCGCAUCGGUGGCUUCUUCGCCGAGAAUGAGACCGCGCAGGUCAUCAAGCAGUUCCGUACCAUGGACCCCAACUUCCAGACCGAACCCUUCUUGCAAGAGCUUCGCGAGUACAUUCUCCCCGAGGUGCUGGACGCCUACGUCAAGGGCGACACAGAGACCCUCAAGCUGUGGUUGUCCGCCGCGCAGUUCUCGGUCUACGAGGCACUCACCAAGCAGUACCUCCAGGCCGGCAUGAAGUCGGACGGACGUAUCCUCGACAUUCGCAAUGUGGACAUCCUCCGCGCCCGCAUUCUCGACCCUGGUGAUGUGCCCGUGUUCAUCAUCACGUGCCGCACACAGGAGGUGCACGUCUACCGCAACGCCAAGAGCGGCGAGCUCGCGGCAGGCAUGGAGGACAAGGUCCAGCUGGUGACAUACGCAAUCGGUAUCACUCGCGUGCCAGAGGAUGUGAACAACCCCGAGACGCGAGGAUGGCGGUUGAUUGAGAUGCAGAAGAGCGGUAGGGACUGGUACUAA